UGGUUAAGUCUACGGAAUUAAACGACUUUUGUGCUAUUUAAUUUGAACAACACAAUCAAUCAGUCACCUUGGUUACAAUACCCACCACCAAUUCCUCCAAAACCAACGAUGAAUUCACCGUCAUCCACCAUCACUCUCCGCCCAUUUAAAACAACGGACGUUGAGGAUUUCGUAUUAUGGGCAGGUGACGAUCGGGUGACUCGAUCGACCCGAUGGAAAACAAUCACCUCCAAAGAAGAAGCUUUGACCUUCAUUAAGGAGGUAUGCAUCCCCCACCCUUGGCGACGGUCGAUAUGCAUCGAUGACCGUUCGAUCGGAUACAUAUCGGUCUUCCCCGGAUCGGGCGACGAUCGGUGCUCGGCGAUGAUUGGGUACGGCCUGUCUGUGGACUACUGGGGGCAGGGGAUCACCACCAAGGCGGUGAAGAUGGCACUCCCUCAGGUGUUUGAGGAGUUUCCUGAUAUAGUAAGGUUGCAAGCUUUUGCUGACGUAGAGAAUAAGGGCUCCCAGAGGGUGUUGGAAAAAGUUGGGUUUCUCAAGGAGGGUCAUCUGAGGAAGUACACCUAUGUUAAGGGCAAUCUCAAGGAUUUGUUUGUCUACAGCUUUCUAUCUACCGAUGCUAUUCCUCCUGCAGAUUUAUGAUGCAUAUAAAAUACCUCUUCUUCUUUUUAUUUCCUCUUU